AUGUGGCUGUGUACUCUCUUUCCUGUUCUCUUUGGCUAUGUGUCUGUGUCUGCUCUUUCUGCACCAAGAGCCUGGCUUUUGCCAAAGCAGAGGCGUUACUUUGACCGUCCUGGGGAUGUAAUAGUGGGGGGCAGCUUCUCCAUCUUUGAUCUCUCUAUUGGUACCCUGUCUGACUUCACUGUCCCACCAUCAGGACUGCUGGCUUCAGACGUUUCCAAGUGGGGCUACCGCGUGGCCCAGAGUUUCGUCUUUGCCAUCGAGGAGAUCAAUAGGAGUGCUCACUUGUUGCCCAAUUUGACUCUGGGCUUCUCCAUUCGAAACUCUGGGGACUCAGUGCAUGGAGCCGUCCACGAGACAAUGAGCUUUCUCUCGAGGCAGGAGGAUCCCAUCCCCAACUAUACCUGCCAGCAUGGCUCUCCUCAGGCUGCUCUGGUUGGGGACACACGGUCAUCCCUGUCUGUCUCCAUGGCCAGACUUCUGGGGCUGUACAAGUUUCCCCAGGUCAGUUAUUCGUCCUCACUACCCAGCCUAGGUGACAAGAUCCAGUUCCCAUCUUUCCUUCGGACCGUGACUAGUGACCUUCCAUCUUGCCGAGCAAUGACCCAGCUGAUCAUUCACUUUCAGUGGUCCUGGGUGAUCAUUCUGGCCCAUGAUGAUGACUUUGGGCAGCAGGCCAGCUCUCUGGCCAAUCAGGAGCUGAGUCCAGCUGGUGUGUGCAUUGAGUUCACCCUCCAUGUCCCUUCCCAUGAGUCCAUGGGGAAGAUUGGAGAGAUUGUCCAGAAGAUGCAGAAAUGCACAGCCAGGGUUGUUCUGGUUUUCCUAAGUAAUUCCAAUUUCCUACUUAUUCUUCAUGGCCUACUGGGUGUCCCUGUCUCAGGGCAGGUCUGGGUCAGCAAGGACACUACGCACAUGGCACUUGCCCUCUCUAUUCCAGGCAUUUCCCAGGUAUUGUUUGGAACAUUUGGCAUUCUGUUUCACAGCAGCAGGGCUACUGGCUUCCCUGAGUUCCUUGCUAACCUGCGCCCCAGCCAGACUCCAGAAGACAUGUUCAUAAAGAAGUUUUGGGAGAUCACCUUUGAUUGCACAUGGCCCGACCAGAGCAGCCCAGUGACAGAGGGUGUCCAGCUGUGCUCAGGGAAUGAGAGUCUGAUAAACCAGCAGUAUCCUUUCCCAGAAGUGAGUCGAACUGAUGCAGCUUACACAGCUGUCUACAGCAUUGCCCAUGCCCUGCACGACGUGAUAACCAGUGGACAGCAGGAUGGGAAAAGUACAGACUCCCAGGACUUCCAGCCCUGGCAGCUGCUUCAAGCUCUUAGGAAUGUGCACUUCAAGACUCCCGAUGGAAGUGAAAUUAUAUUUGAUGCCAAUGGAGAUUUGGUGACAUACUUUGAUAUAUUCCAAGGACAGAAGACCCCUGAUGGUGUAUUCCGUUCAGUCCAUGUAGGAAUGAUAGACCCUCAAGUCUCUUUGGGGAACAAAAUGAUGGUCCAUUUGAAGAACAAAAUCCAAGUGCCCACCUCUGUCUGCAGUGAAAGCUGCCUUCCAGGGUUCAGCCAAGUGCCCAGGCUGGGAGCCCCCCAAUGCUGUUUUGAUUGCAGUCCCUGCCCCGAGGGACAGUUUGCAGACAAAAAAGACAUGAAGAGAUGUCUCCUGUGUCCCAAGGAACAGUACUCGAGCCACACCAGAGACCGCUGCCUGCCCAGGACAGAGAUCUUCCUGGCCUUUGAGGAACCUCUGGGAUUCAUGCUGGCUUUGGUGGCACUCUUCCUGGCUGGUCUGGCUCUCCUGGUUCUGGGAGUGUUCCUGAAGCACAGGGACACCCCCGUGGUCAGGGCCAACAACAGAACCCUCAGCUACUUCCUGCUGAUCUCCCUCUCCCUCUGUGCCCUGUGUGCCUUGCUGUUCCUUGGCCGCCCCAGUGUCCCCACGUGCCUCCUGCGUCAGACGACCUUUGCUGUGGUGUUCACGGUGGCCGUCUCCUCUGUUCUGGCCAAGACUCUCACAGUGGUCCUGGCCUUCAGGGUCACCAGGCCAGGGGCCAGGAUCCAGGUGUGCCUGAGAACAGUAAAGACCACCCAGAACAUGGAUUGGUGGAUCAACACAGUGGAGACACAUGGAGGGCCUAUGCAGGGGCUACAGAGUGUGAACAAUGUGUUAAAUAUUUCACUUCAGCUACUGGGCUGUUUGCUUCUUUCUGCAAAUGAUGCCCAGAACUGUGACCGUGAAUGCAAAGAGAAACCUCAGGAGGAGGAGAUAAAACUUUUAAUGACUCUGGGAUUUAGUGGUCACCCACCUCCACCAUGUCAUGAUCAAUAUUCUCCUCACAGCCUGCAAACCUAG